AUGGUGUUGAUUGGGAACAUCUAUGUGAUUGCGGCUGUCUCAGUCGUUGGAGGAGGCCUCUUUGGGUUUGAUAUCUCGAGUUUAUCGGCUCAACUAACAGAGAACUCAUUCAAGUGUUAUUUUAAUGACGGUCCUAAUGGAUACCCAUACAAUGAUAAAGAGAACUGUAGUGGCUUGACUUCACUUCGACAGGGUGGUGUCACCGCUUCUAUGGCUGCUGGCUCUUGGCUCGGCGCAUUGGUCUCGGGUAUUGUCUCUGAUAGGGUUGGUCGAAAGUAUUCCAUUAUGCUCGGUUGUAUCUUCUGGCUGAUUGGUUCCACGAUCUGCUGUGCUUCGCAAAAUGUCGGCAUGCUUAUCGUCGGUCGUAUCAUCAACGGCUUUUCUAUUGGUAUUGAAUCAGCACAAGUGCCGGUUUAUAUUAGUGAAAUCUCGCCUCCAUCGAAGCGAGGCCGAUUCGUGGGCAUGCAGCAAUGGGCAAUCACAUGGGGUAUUCUGAUAAUGUACUAUAUCUCGUAUGGCUGCUCAUUCAUUGGCAACAACAAGUCAAACGACUACUCUACUGCAGCAUGGCGCAUUCCUUGGGGACUGCAGAUGAUUCCGGCCGUCCUUUUAUUCUUCGCCAUGAUGUUCCUCCCCGAGUCCCCCCGCUGGCUGGCUCGUAUGGAUCGUUGGGAGGAUGCCCACGAAGUCCUGGCCUUGGUUCAUGGAAAAGGCGACCGCAACCACCCCUUCGUUGCUAUUGAGUUGCAGGAUAUCCGAGAUAUGUGUGAGUUGGAGCGACAAUUCAAAAACGUUACCUACUUGGAUCUCUUCACUCCACGCAUGUUGAACCGGACCAUUAUCGGAAUUUUCACUCAGAUCUGGUCCCAAUUGACGGGCAUGAAUGUCAUGAUGUACUAUAUCGGGUAUGUGUUCGGCAUGGCAGGGUAUACUGGUAAUGCCAACCUACUUGCCUCAUCUAUCCAAUAUAUUAUCAAUGUAGUUAUGACAGUGCCCGCCUUAAUCUGGCAAGAUCGCUGGGGACGUCGCAAGACCAUGCUUGUUGGUGCAUUCUUCAUGUGUGCAUUCAUGUUCUCCAACGCGGGUAUCCUGGGAGGUUCAGGCGUUGUUCUGCCCAUGGCUGAUCGUACCAGCCCCGAGGAAUCGAUGAGGGUGACAGGCGCGGCUGCAAAAGGAUUGAUCGCCUGUACCUACUUAUUUGUCGCGAGUUAUGCGCCUACGUGGGGUCCAGCCUCGUGGACUUACCCUCCAGAGCUGUUUCCCCUUCGUCUACGUGGUAAAGGUGUCGCCAUGGCUACCUCAGCCAACUGGGCAUUCAACACAGCGCUCGGUCUAUUCACACCACCUGCAUUCACGGACAUCGCCUGGAAGACUUACAUUCUGUUUGGUGUUUUCAAUGCUGCCAUGUUUAUCCACGUCUUCUUCAUGUUUCCUGAGACUGCAGGUAAGACAUUAGAGGAAACCGAGGCAAUAUUCGAAGAUCCGAACGGUAUUCGAUUUAUUGGAACUCCAGCCUGGAAGACCCAUGUGUCGACCAGUCAGACAACUGCUCUUGAACGUGGCGAUAUUGAGGCUGGUAAGAUACAUGAGGCCAGUGUUCUAUCUUCAGCUCCAGCAGCUCCAGUGAGCGAUGACGCCGAAGAGAAAGGCACAACCACUCAUGAGUGA